CCCCGCCCAGCCUGUCCUCGCCGCCGCACGCUCACAUGGAAGAUUGAGACGAUUCCACAUCAGGGCAAUAAUAAAUAGUGUAGUUAAACCAGGGUGAAUGUUGCAUAACAUGGGGUGUCAGCAGGUUCGUAGCUGUCGUUGUAACUAAAGACCGGCACUUGAAACCCAAGUAAAGAAAUAAGAAAUGGAGCAGGACGACCCGAGAUUUAGAAUCACGCCUUUACAACAGAUGGCAGCUUCAACAACUGGAGCUUUGGUGACUUCGAUAAUUGUUACUCCUCUUGAUGUUGUAAAAACGCGUCUGCAAGCACAGCAUAAGGCGCUGUUGUCAAACAAAUGUUAUCUGUACUGCAACGGGUUGAUGGACCACCUAUGCCCUUGUAAUGGAAAUGUUCAAGGACCAGCAGCUGUCUCGGAGAUGCUGAAAAAACCAACGCACUUCAACGGAACGAUUGAUGCUUUUGUCAAGAUUUCUCGAGCAGAAGGUCCUUUGACCCUGUGGAGUGGCCUUGGACCAACCCUGAUCCUCGCCCUCCCUGCCACUGUGAUCUACUUCGUCACCUACGAGCAGGUGCGCAACAGGCUGCGCACCUGGGUCAGCAAGCCUGGCGACGGUCUCGCGCAGCAGCCAGUAUGGGUACCCCUGGUGUCAGGUGGUAUGGCUAGAGUAUGGGCCGCUAGUAUUGUCAGUCCCCUCGAGAUGCUGAGGACAAGGAUGCAGGCCCAGAAAACGAGUUACUUGGAGGGAGGCAGAGCACUGAAACUGCUGGUUCAGCAACAAGGCAUUACAGGGCUGUGGAAAGGACUUGGGCCCACACUUCUUCGAGACGUACCAUUUUCAGCACUCUACUGGCUCAACUACGAAACGUUGAAAUUGCACUUCAACCAACCAGUACCAACUUUUAAAUUCAGCUUGUUUGCAGGAGCCCUCUCUGGAUCGAUUGCCGCUGUAAUUACGCUGCCAUUUGACGUUGUGAAAACGCACCAGCAAAUCGAGCUUGGAGAUAAGCAAAUAUAUUCCAAUCCUCCAAAAUCGAUAAAUGGUAGAAGUUCUACACUGAAUGUCAUUAAGAGGAUCUACAGUCAAAGCGGAGUUUCAGGGCUCUUCACAGGACUGGUACCAAGGCUAGUGAAGGUGGCGCCUGCUUGCGCCAUUAUGAUCGCAACGUUCGAGUACGGGAAGCAAUGGUUUUAUGUGCACAACAUGGGCGAGUUCGAAAAGCAAAGAAGCGGAAGCAAAGAAGCUUUAUUAGUAGAGUAAAAGCAGAAGCCUCUCAUAAAUUUAAUAUCGCAAAUCCAAGCACUUCCAGUCUCUUUAAUUUUGAUUUAGAGCACUGGUUGCUAAGUUGUCUGAAUGAGUUUUUAGGCGAAAUGUGUGAUUUACUUUCCAGCCAAAUUUAAAGAACUUUUUAGCUUUAUGUACUUGGCUACAAGCUUGAAAUUUUCAAUAAAAAGUAGGUUAAUGACACAUGA